AUGUCAUCAAUAAAUAUUCUGAGCUUAAAUAUAAAUAGUUUCUCUACCCAUACAGCCCAAUUUGAAGCUCUAGUUACUGAGCUAAAACCACACAUAAUUACAGUUGUUGAAACCUGGCUUACUCCUGAUAGUCAUAUUGCACUGAAGGAUUAUGUAAUUUUGCGUCGUGACCGUGGAUUGAUAAAUUCAAAUGGUCAUUACAUCAGAGGUGGAGGUGUUGCGUGCCUAAUACAUAAUUCUCUAAAAUCGAAAUUAUUAUUUUCAUCUGAAGCUGAUGACAUUAACCAUCCUGAAUACAUAUUAAUUGAUGUUCUAUCAUCAUCUAGUUGUCGCAUACUCCUUUCAGCUAUUUACAGAAGACCACAGGGAUUAUUAUUAGAUAGCUUUAUUAUACAUUUUGCUAAAUUUUAUCCAUCAUAUAAAAAUAUUAUCAUCAUGGGUGACUUGAAUUGCAAUUAUAUGAAAACUGAUCGUCCAUCAAAUCACCUAAAAUCUUUCAUUGCUGAUUCGGGACUUUACUGCAUACCAUAUGGAUCUACAUUUCAUAUUUUUGGAGUUGACUUGUUGUUGGUAGUAUCUCAAAUGCCUUUCAUAGGUGGUCAUGAUUAUUCAUGUUGCAAAUAUAAAUUUGAAGUGAUACCAAAAUAUGAUAAAACAGUCAAGUUCAGAGAUUUCAAACAUUGUGAUCAUGAAGCUCUUACGAAUAAUUUAAAUCGAGAAUUGAACCUUGCUAAUGCUAAUACUAACCUCGAUGGCUUAGAUCCAAACUACUUAGUUGGACAUUUCAUCAACGCAAUUACAUCAGCCUUAGAUAAUUUUGCUCCCUUUGUCACCAGGAAAUCGAGUCGUCCAAGCAGUCCGUGGUUAACUGGUGAGCUAAGGCACAAAUUUAGGCAACGAGAUAAUCUAUAUAAAAAAGCACGACGAACUGGAGAUCAAAAUCUUCUUGCUCAGUACAAGAUAAAACGGAAAGAAUUGAAAUUCGAACUAGCCUCUGCUCGAGAUACUUAUUUCAAACAAGUUCUCGAUGACACCAGGUCCAAGUUUGAUAUUGUAGAUGUCACCAAGAAUUUACAAAUCACUGUGCAGAAUUCCAAAGGCAAAAGCCCUGAUGGGUUGGAUCUUAAGUGGCUGAAAGAUCAUCUACCAUAG